ACAUCGAGUCCAAUUUAAUCUGAGUAUCGAUACUGAUUUUUUAAGAUUGAAUUCCAUUGUGACCAAAAUCACAGUCCAUCCCAUUACACAUUUUGCCGACAACAUGACACCAAUAUUGGCACAAGUCUGAUUAAUUAUUCAAAUUAAUUGAGUUUAAAAUUAAAGAAUUUAAAUUAAUUAAACUUAUUUAAUUGGGAAUUUAUUUAAAAAUAUAUUUCACAAAUUAUAUCUCACCCGUGAUUCGUGAAGUUUUCAAUAAUCAUCAAAUCCAUACAUCGCAUGAAAUAAAAUUUGAAAGGAUAAUUACAAAAUUGUAUAAACUUACUAAAUAAUUAUGGAUUUUAAAGAGAAAGAAUUGCGAAAAAAUCCCCGAGAAAAUGCGAAUCCUUUGUCGACCUUGUUUUUUUGGUGGAUUAAUCCACUCUUUAGAAAAGGAGCAAAAAAUGAUUUGGCCAUGGACGAUUUAUACAGCGCUUUAAAAGAAGACGAAUCUGAACGAUUGGGCGAUCAAUUGGAAAUAGCAUGGAAAAAACAAUUAGAGAAGAAAAAAUCGGGGAAAAAGCCAAAACUUUUCAGAGCAUUAAUUUCAUGUUUCUGGAAAUUGUACGCCUUUCUAGUUUUUGGUUUAAUGUUGGACGAGUGGGUGGUCAGAAUCGCGCAACCCUUAUUUCUCAAAGCUUUAAUCAAUAGCUUUUCGGAUGGUUCGGAACAAUGGGAAAAAUACAGUUAUGCAGCCGGUGUUUGUGUAACCACGCUUUUACACACGCUACUCCUCCAUCCAACCAUGUUUGCGAAUCAGCACGUGGGAAUGAAGUGUCGUGUGGCAGCAUGCUCCAUGAUUUAUCGAAAGGUUUUGAAAUUAAGUAAACGAGCCCAAGGAAAAACUACGAUUGGUCAAAUGGUCAACCUUCUCUCCAAUGAUGUCAUCCGAUUCGAUACAAAUCUCAUGUUUAUCCCGUACCUGUUAAUUGGUCCCGUUCAAAUCGCAAUUUUUGGCUACUUUUUAUACCAAGAAGUCGAAUUUGCAGCAUUCGCUGGGAUUGGAUUCGUCAUUUUGUUGAUCCCAAUUGAAUACGCGAUCGGACGAAUGUUUACCGGAUAUCGGUUCCACAUCGCGCGCAGAACGGAUGAGCGUGGCAGGAUCAUGAGUGAAAUCAUUAUUGCGAUGAGAGUUAUCAAAAUGUACGCGUGGGAAAAACCGUUUGCCGCAAUGAUUAACCGGGUCAGAAAAUCCGAAGUGCAAGUGUUAAGAAAAGCGUCUCUCCUUCGAGCAACUUAUCUCUCUUUGUACAUCUCAUCGGCCAGAAUGGUGACUUAUUUUGUCUUCCUUGCCCACAUUCUGGAUGGAAAUCCGCUCCGAGCAGACGUCGUAUUUUUCUGUCUCACAAUUUUCAACACGAUUCGACAAGUUAUGAUCAGCUAUUUUCCGACAGCGUUGGCCGCCAUAUCCGAAUUGUUCGUGUCGAUUGACAGGAUUGAGGGAUUUUUACUAUUGGAAGAACAAAAGUCUAAUGAAAACGAACACAUCAAAAUUGUUCUUCCCGAAAAAACCGGUGAGAUUAAUGAGGCUUCCAUCAAAAUGGAAAAUGUAGAUGCAAGUUGGACUGGUGAAAAAUUGAACUUGAGUCAAAUUAAUUUCAAUUUCAAGGGAGACAAAUUAGUCAUGGUUGUUGGACAAGUGGGUUGUGGAAAGACUACAUUGCUGCACACGUUACUUGCUGAGCUUCCCAUUACGGCGGGAAAUUGCAAUAUUUACGGCCGAACGGCAUAUUCAUCUCAAGAAUCUUGGAUUUUCGGGGGAAACGUGAAACAAAACAUUUUAUUCGGACAAUCCUUCGAGGAGCAGAGAUACAACGAGGUCGUCCGCGUCUGCGCGUUGGAAGACGACUUUAAACAAUUACCUCACGGUGAUCAGACAAUUGUCGGCGAGAGAGGGGUAGCUUUAUCCGGAGGCCAAAAAGCCCGAGUCGGUCUUGCCCGGGCGAUCUACCAAAAAGCGGACAUCUACCUGCUAGAUGAUCCUUUGUCCGCGGUGGAUUCAAAAGUUAGCCGACACAUUUUCGAAAAAUGUGUCCGAGAUCAUUUAACCGGACACUUGAGGAUUCUUUGCACUCACCAAUUGCAAUAUUUACCGCUGUCCGAUCACGUCAUCGUGUUGGAGGAUGGAAAAGUUCUUGCACAAGGAACUUAUCAAGAGUUAUCGGACCGAGGAGUAGACUUCGUCAGUUUGAUGACCAGUGAUAGCGUGGAUGACGCCGUGAGCAAGAGUGGAGUCGCCAGUCCGGAAGAGGUUCCAAAAGAGGCACAAAAAGACAAAGGAAAGCCGGAAGCUCAAGUGGAGAAAAUGGCGGGAGGCUCCGUAACAUGGAAGACAUAUUUCGACUACUUUCGUUCCGGAGAAGCCACGUUAUUCUUGUACUUUGUAAUCUUCGCGUUUGCCUCGUCACAAGUCGCUUUUACUGCGGCGGAUUACUUUCUCUCCAUGUGGACUAAAGCGGAAGAAGAACGAGAAUUUCGGGCCCGACAGAGAGCCACGACUACAGUUUUGCCCACUAAUUUCAGUCAAUUUUCGAACAUUUCGCCAAAUUUAAUUCGACCCAAUGCCCACGACUGGAUCCCCUCGGAUGACGACGGGUAUUUGGGGGAGGACGUGUACCUCUACUCGUACACGGGCAUCGUCAUGGGAAUCUUCUUCCUCACCAAGGCCAGAGCACUUUCCUUCUUCCUCUUCUGUAUGCGAGUCAGUGUUCGAGUGCAUGACAAAAUGUUCAAAAGCAUGGUUCGAGCCCCGAUCAAGUUUUAUGAUGAUAAUCCCUCGGGAAGAAUUAUGAACAGAUUUACCAAAGACUUGGGCUCCAUGGAUGAACUUCUUCCGUACGCGAUGUUUGACGCGAUUACAAUUUUCCUCCUCAUGUUGACCAUGGUGGCGUUGAUUAUUAGCUCGAAUUACUACAUGGCCAUCCCCACCUUCGCCCUGCUAAUUAUUCUCUUCGUCAUCAGACAAUACUACAUAAAAACGGCUCGUGCCGUCAAACGGAUUGAAGCUUUAACUCGAAGUCCAAUUUUUACCCACGUCGUGGCAUCAAGUUCUGGAUCUACCACGAUACGAUCUGCCAAUGCGGAAUCAAUCCUAGUAAAACAGUUUGACGGACAUCAAGAUAUUCAUUCCUCGUCGUGGUAUAUUUUUAUUUCCGCUAAUCGCUGGUUUGGAGUCUGGCUUGAAAUGAUCUCGGUCGCAUAUUUGACCAUUGUCACGUUAAGUUUCCUUAUUUUGGCGUCUCUAACAGACUACAAAAGCAGUGAUGUCGGUUUAGCGAUCUCUUCCGCGUUAAAUUUGACGGGUGUUUUCCAAUGGGGCAUGAGACAGUCGGCAGAAACGGAAAAUCUCAUGACUUCUGUGGAACGUGCACUUGAGUAUGCCAAAUUGGAUCCUGAAGCUCCACUAGAGUCAAAACCAGAUAAGAAACCACCAAAAGACUGGCCAAAAAAUGGAGAGAUACAAUUCCGCAAUUAUUACUUGGCAUACGAAGAAAAAGGUGUCAUCAAAGGGAUCACGUUCGAUAUUAAGGCGUGCGAAAAAAUUGGCAUCGUAGGCCGCACCGGAGCGGGGAAGAGUUCCAUAAUUAAUGGCCUGUUCCGAAUGACGGAGCCCAGAGGCGACAUGUUUAUUGAUGGCGUUCGAGUUAAUGACAUCGGUCUUCACGACUUGAGACAGGCUGUCUCCAUAAUUCCGCAAGAUCCCGUCCUGUUCUCGGGAUCAAUGCGGUCCAAUUUGGAUCCGUUUGAUCAAUAUCCGGACCAAGAUUUAUGGGAAUCUCUGGAAGAGGUCGAACUAAAAAAUGAUAUUCCCGCCUUGGAUUUUAAAGUUUCGGACGGUGGGAGCAACUUCAGCGUGGGCCAGAGGCAGCUCGUUUGCCUGGCUAGGGCCAUUUUAAGAAAGAACAAAAUAAUUGUGAUGGACGAGGCAACUGCGAAUGUGGAUCCACGCACUGAUAACUUCAUCCAGCAAACAAUCCGAACAAAAUUUGCAGACUGUACUAUAAUAACUAUUGCUCACAGAUUGAACUCUGUCAUGGACUGUGACCGUAUUUUAGUUUUGGACAACGGAUACCUCAUGGAAUAUAACCAUCCCCACAUCUUGUUAAAUGAUCCUCACGGAAUUUUAAGUUCAAUGGUAAACCAUACUGGAGCUGCAAGUGCAGCGGUUUUAAAACAAGUUGCCGCCGAAACUUACUCCGGAAGACGGGGUUCAUUCCGACAAGAAAAUUUACCAGCGAUACGUCAUUCCAUCUCUUUAGCAAGUGGUCAAAGGCUCUUAAACGCAGUAAAUGAAGCAGAAGUUACAAAAUAAAUAAAUUACUCACUGUAUCCUAAUAAAUUUAUGAAAAUUAUAAAAUGCCAAU